AGUAAUGUUAAUAAUAAUAAUAACAAUGCUAAGCUAACACGUCCUCUACUCGCAUAUUUUGUAUUGUAGUGACGUCACGACAGCCUGCGAGCACACUCCAGUCCGCCAGGGGGCGACGCAGCGCCGUUGACUCCCACAAUGAAGCGAAUAAAAAGGCGAAGGAGGAGGAGGCCGAAGUAUUAAAGAGUCAAAUUGAAAAAGUGAAUUAAUCGGGAUUUGAUUCGAAGCGAGGAGAGAUCGAUUCAAAAGGCGCUGAAGCUGCAAAUGGAAGUGCUGCCGUCGGACGUCUUCAAGGUGGUGGUGGGCGCAGAGAACACCCGCGGUAAAGAGCAGCUCACCAAGUCCCAGGUGGCCAGGACGGAUGAAGAUGGCGGUCCAGGCGAGGGUGGAGGAGGAGGAGGGACAGGUCCAAGGGCACACGACACAUCCACCACCUGCUCGGAGUGUGGGAAGAGCUUCUACUCCAAGUCCAACCUCAACCUGCACAAGAAGAUCCACACGGGGGAGAAACCGUUCAGCUGCUCGCUCUGCGGCAAGAAGUUCUCCCGGAAGGAGAACAUGAGCCGCCACGUGGGCACGCACAGCGGCCUGAGACCCUUCAGCUGCUCCGCGUGCGGCGCCUCCUUCACUCAGCACGACAGCCUGCUGCGCCACGUGGCCACGCACAAGCGCGCCAAGUCCUUGGCGUGCGCCGUGUGCGCCAAGGCCUUCCACGACCGGUACCACCUGAGGCGCCACAUGGACGUGCACAGCCAGGAGAAACCCUUCCGCUGCGCGCUCUGCCCCCGGACCUUCCGGCGGCGCUCGGCCGUGGAGGCGCACGCGCGCACGCACACGGGGGAGAAACCUUACCGCUGCACCGGGUGCGAGGCCGGCUUCACGCGGCACCCGGCGCUGCUGCAGCACAUGAAGAAGCACUCGGGUGACAAGCCCUUCGCCUGCCCGGUGUGCCGGCGCCGCUUCACGCUGCGCCACACGCUGCAGCAGCACGCCAGGACGCACACGCGGGAGAAACCCUUCGACUGCUCGCUCUGCGGGAAGAGCUUCUCUCGAAAGGGCGGCCUCAGCACGCACAUGGUGACCCACACCGGCGAGAAACCCUUCCACUGCGGCGUCUGCCGCCGCGCCUUCUCCUGGGGCUCGCAGCUGAAAAGACACAAGUGUGCGGGGCCCGCGGGCGUCCAAGUAGCAGGGGAGUUCUGGUCGGACUCAAACACAGCUUUUACUUUGAAAGAACCAGCAGGCACAUGA